AUGCCGUCAAUGGGAGAACUCGCAGCACCUGUCAUGCCAUCAGUGCAGGCAAAGUUGGCAGAAAUUACCGGUCCAUUCAAUGUAGUAGCCAAGGUGACUUCUGAGCCAGAACAUGCAGACGACGUAGCCAAAUUAAUCAAAGACGUCGCCGUACUCGCUAAUAGCGAUGAAGAAGAGGGUACUUUAACCUACCGCAUCUCCCGCGGCGUCAAAGAAUCGUCCAACACUUUCAUCGUUUAUGAGGAGUACAAUGCUCCAGCUGCUCUCACUGCCCACCUCCACUCCACACCCUUCCAAGCACUGAGCAACUACCCACACUUGCUCCACGCUGAGAUGGAUAUCUACAGCGAGUUCUAA